AAUUUGGGAUAUUAGGUUUCUUUCAGAUUUUCGUUUGAUAAUGAUUACAACUCCCUUCCUACUUAUUUUAGCUCUGCAGCAAACAGCCUACAACGCCUUCCCUGCAUUUACCAGGAAUGAUUUGUCCAACGAAAUUAAGAACAACACCUUUACACCAACUAAAGUGUUUGAGUAUUUGAAGCAGUUUGGAUAUUUAGAGCAGGGUUCUCCAAACAGCGAGGCCCUAUUUACAGAGGUGGCAGUGAAAAAUGCACUUAGAAGCUUGCAAAGCUAUGGAGGAAUUCGUCCAACCGGCGAAGUGGACGAAAGAACUAUUGAGCUGUUGAGUAGGUCAAGAUGUGGAAAUAAAGAUACUGAAAGAAAACCAAAAAGAUCAAGGAGGUUUAUUAUUGGAUCCAAGGGGUGGAAGAAAAGAACUAUUUCUUACCAUUUAAGUAAUUGGACACCAAAACUUGGCAGUGAGCAGUUUGUGAAACAGGAACUUAGACGUGCAUUCCAAACUUGGGCCCCAUACUCUAGGCUAAACUUUAUAGAGUCAGCUGAUUAUUACAAGUCUGAUAUACGUGUGGCAUUUGGAAGAUACUCACACGGCGAUUAUUAUCCAUUCGACGGGCCUGGAAUUAUAUUGGCGCAUGCGUACUAUCCCUACGAGUUCGGAGAUUACGGUGGAGAUAUUCAUUUCGACGAGGAUGAAGAUUGGUCGACAAAUGCGACAGAAAACAGUGAUCUGGAUUUCUUUACAGUCGCAGUUCAUGAAAUAGGACAUUCCCUUGGACUGGCGCACAGCCCUACCCAGGAAUCCAUCAUGUAUCCAUUCUAUAAGGGCCCUGAACGUGAUUUUGGACUCGGAUACGAUGAUAUACUUGCGAUGUAUCAGCAAUAUAUAACAACUCCUUUUCUGGAGGGGGGACUAGAGGACAACUAUACAACAGACGAUGAGGACAACAACAAGGACAAAGAGGACAAAGAGGACAAUGAGGAAGAUGAAAAAGACGACGAGGAAGAGGAGAAGGAAAAAGAGAAAGAGGAAAAGGAUAAAAAGGAUGAAAAAGAUGAGAAUGGUCAAGAUGAUGAGGAAGAUACUGUACUCUUUGAUGAUGAAUAUCUAGCUGAUGAGGGGGAGUUUUACAACGACGGGUUUGAUACAACAACAACAGCAACAAAAUCUGAAGUGACCACAGCAGCAGCAAAUAGUCCAACAACUGUAGUGACAAAGGAAGCAUCAACACAAACCUAUGAAGGAGAUUAUGAAAAUGUAGAUGAUCACAUCAGGCGAAACAGACCUCAGAAAGAAGAGGAUAUUUGUGCAUCAGCAGUUUUUGAUUCAGUUUCAAGAAUACGCAAUGAACUUUUUGUAUUUAAAGAUGAAUUUAUGUGGAGAUUUUCUGACAGGGGUCGUCUUCGAUCUGGGUACCCAGCGCCCUUUAGACAGAUGUUUGGUUUUCCAGAGACAGUUGAUCAUAUAGACGCUGUAUUAGAAAGACCUGAAGAUGGUAUGUUAGUGUUCUUCUCCUCAGGACAGUUUUGGCUUAGCGAUGGAAACUUUUUCCUAGGUGCAUCUCAGCCAAUAUCAGAGCUAGGUCUGCCCUCUUCACUUAGUAGAGUAGAUGCAGCCUUCACGUGGGGCAAAAACAAGAAAAUAUAUAUCUUCUCAAAUAAUCAAUAUUGGAGAUUAAACUCCCAGAUGAGAACAGAAGCUGGAUAUCCAAAGGAUAUUUCUGCCUGGAGAGGAGUUCCUUCAAAUUUGGAUUCUGUCUUUACCUGGACUGAUGGUGUGACAUACUUUUUGAAUGGUGGAUAUUUUUGGAGGUUUGAUGACAACAAUAUUAUUACGGAUACGGAGAUUCCUCUUAACAUUAACAAAUAUUGGUUUGGGUGUUGAAACUAUCCUUUGUUUUUUUUUUCCAUUUUUUUGUUGUAUUUAAGAAAACAUAUUUUGUAGGAGUCAAAUUAUUUUCAUCUCGUAAUUGUUCAUGGUGAAACAUGUUUUUCUCUUCA